CUGGAUAAGUGUACUUAUUGGGGAGCUGGAUUCGAACAAAGGAAUAAUUUCGAAACAGAAAUGGGGAUGAGCGACAUCGACGUCAGUGCGAUAUUUUUGGCGAUAUUUUGUCUAGCAGUAUCUGCCCAUGCUACUGACUACAUCAAUGAGGAAACGACUAUAUCUUGCCUUGUUAGGGAGUACAACUUUAAGGUGAACAAACCCCAUACUCUCCCAAGUGGAGAGGUCUUACAAUGCUGGGAUGUUGUGAGCGUCAAUUCAUGUUGGGGACGCUGUGACACAAGCGAGAUUCCCGACUAUGAGAUUCCCUACAAAAUAAGCAACCACAAUGUAUGUACUUUUACAAAAAAAGUUAAGCGAGUUGUAAGAUUAAUGAGGUGUGAUCCCAGGCAUCCCGACCCAUACUACACCGUAUAUAGUGCAGCUGACUGCAGGUGUACCAAAUGUGACCCGGACUACACCAGUUGCGAGAGCUUACACGGCUGAUGGUAUCCUGCUAAAACGACUUCAAAAAUGAAAGAAAGAGCUUGAUGGUGGACCUUUCGAACAUACUUGUCCCUCGUUGUUUUUCCUUGGAGAGACAGGGAGUUCAGGCAAGAAGUUGAGAUGCAUUCCAUGUGGCGGCAAUUUGUGAACGAAGCGGCGCUAGUUUUCUAAGACUUGAGAAUGCUCAAAACAUCAAAACCCAUGCGCCCAAGCAAUUUUAUAACCUGAUACU